AUGGACAGCCUGUCCACCCACAGCGCUUACCUGCUGCAGCAGCUGCAGGAGCAGCGCAUCCAGGGUCUUCUGUGCGACUGCAUGCUGGUCGUCAAGGGUGUCUGCUUCAAGGCCCAUAAAAAUGUCCUGGCUGCGUUCAGUUCUUAUUUCAGGUCCUUGUUUCAGAACUCGCCGAGUCAGAAGAAUGAUGUUUUUCACCUGGUCAUCCAGGAUGUGGGGGGCAUCGGCCAGAUGCUGGAUUACAUGUACACGUCUCAUCUGGACGUGAACCAGGAUAACGUGCAUGGGAUAUUGGACAUUGCCCAGUGCCUGCAGGUCCCUAACGUGCUGAGCAUGUGCAACAACUUCCUUAAGGCACGCUCAGAAGCUUCCGGCUGCGUCCCCACCUCCUCUUCGGCCUUCCCUCUUUCUGGCGUGUUGCCCUCGGACACGGAUUGCCUCCUGGGUGCCACAUUGCCCCCUGACAUCGACCUGCACUGCCCUUCCUCGUCAGAGGCCCAGAGGCCCACGUGCGUCUCCUCGGACCUGGACCCCUCCCGGAGGGUGGGGCUACCCCCUAGCCACUCUUUCGAGACCCCCAGUGGAGCGCUGGCCAUGCCCGAGAAGCAGCUCAUGCAGGGGCACAAACUGCGAAACUUUUACAGCAAGCAGUGCCUGAGGCAGAGCUCUGCACUGAACAGUGGCCACGCCCCCAACUCAAACCCCACCCCUAACCCUAAUCCCGCCCCCAACCCCAUUUUGGGGGCAGCUGAGGAGCACCCCCUACCCACAGCUGCUCCACCAAAUGUCCCCGCCCCCAUGGACAUCCCCACGUGUUUGCCAAACAAUCCCCCACCCCCUUCUCAGCCCGCAGACACGUGUCCUACCUCUCCUUCGGCCACGCCCAACUCCGGAGGCAAAGGCUCCCCCGUUAACAGGCAGAUGCGCCCAAAAAAGACUGUAUACCUCAAGAAGUAUAACUACCUGCGGUCCCAGAAGGCUCUGGAGGAGCUGGAGGAGCGGAGGGAGGUGCCGGAUCCUCUUCUGAAAGAGAGCGGCCGGGCGGAGCCCACCAAAGAGCCGGAGGAGGAGAAGCCGACAGGGAGCCCGGCUGUGGAUCGGGACACAGAGCCCCCGCUGGUGUCCAGGUCGCAGCCUCCCUCUCCUCCGCCCCCGCCCCCGCCCCCCUCCGAGGAUCCGGAGCAGAGUGCCAGCAACGGGUCCGAGGAGCCCGGCCAGAACAAGCAGCACUGCUGCGAGAUGUGCGGAAAAACGUUCAAACAUCCCAGCAAUUUGGAGCUCCACAAGCGCUCGCACACCGGUGAGAAACCUUUCCAGUGUAACAUCUGUGGGAAGAACUUCUCACAGGCGGGUAAUCUGCAGACGCAUUUGCGUCGACAUUCAGGGGAGAAACCGUACAUUUGCGAAAUCUGUGGCAAAAGCUUUGCAGCCUCUGGGGAUGUUCAGCGGCACAUAGUGAUCCACACUGGAGAGCGUCCACACCUGUGUGACAUCUGUGGGAGAGGGUUUAGCAACUUCAGCAACCUGAAGGAGCACAAGAAGACUCACACUACAGACAAAGUUUUCACCUGUGACCAGUGCGGCAAGUCUUUCAACAUGCAGAGGAAGCUGUUAAAACACAGAGUCCGCCACUCGGGAGAGAGACCAUACAGCUGUCCGACAUGUGAGAAGUGUUUUGCGGGGUCAGGUGACCUGCGGAGGCACGUGCGGACGCACACGGGCGAGAGGCCGUACAGCUGCGACGCCUGUGGAAAGUGUUUCACGCGGUCCGCCGUCCUGCGCCGCCAUCGCUCCGUGCACUGCCGCAACGAGGCCGACGCCCCUGUGGGGGAGGGGCCAGACGAGGGACCGCCCUUCCUUCAGCCUGCCAGUCACGGCAAGCCCCUCCCAGAUCCUGAGCCCUACUCCGCCCUCCUGCCCCCUCCACCCGGCCCAGGCAAGCCUCCUCCCAGCAUGCACCUCAGUCCCGCCUCCCCCACGUCCUUCUCCGAGCUCCGCUCCGUGGAGCACCACCACCACCACCACCUGUCCCCCCAGCAGGAAAAAUGCUCGCCCCUAGACUCCCUCAAGAUCCCCAAACCCCCCCACCUCCCCCCGCACGACUCCUUCGCCUACUCCGAAGAGAACGCCCCCGCGGGAGUGGAGGAGCCGCUCCAGGGUCCCGCCCCUUCCAUGGUCCGUCCCUCCCUGUCCACGCUGGACAAUCACUGUGGCCUCCCCCCGAGCCACCGGAGCAACAGUGCCCCCUACAGGAACAACGACGGACCCUUUUUCUCUAGUGUCACGCUGUGGGGGCUGGCCAUGAAGACCCUGCAGAACGAUGCCUGCAUGGAACAGUGACACGCGGGUGGGCCUCCCGGUCUUCGAUAUGAGCAAAACAUCAUGGGCGAAAAACAAAGCAGUUACAAUUUAAGAUAUAUAUAUAUUACAGACCUAUUUUCUUACAUGAAUUUCUUUCCCAAAUAAUGAAAUACUCUUUGUUUUUGUUUUUUUUUGGUUCUCUGUGAGCAAUAAGGGAAAAUUACUUGAAAAAAGAAUUACAUUUUUUUCCCUCUUUCUUUUUUGUCAGCGUGUGGCACACUUCUAAAACAUUGAAAUUAAAGGUUUGUGUCUGAAUACAAA